GUUUAAGCGCCUUGGUGUUGGAUCACACCCCGAGAGCAUGGGUCUACCAUCGUUUCCUGUCGUUCAUUCGGUCAACCCAAAGAGAGGGAGCUACAAAAAGCCUUUGGAAAUCACCCCCCUCAAUUUGAUGGAGUAGUGUAAUGAAAAGGGAACUGUAUUUGUCCCUCGUUUAUUUCCCCCCAUUGCAUUGCGUUCCUGAAUUAGAGGCGCCACUUCUUUCGUAGUAAGCAUAAGGGUAAGACAAUCACAAACAGUCGUUAUUCAUUUCACGAGAACAUGCUAAAAUGCAAUUUAUUUUUGUUUUCAAAAGACAAUCCACCCUAUAAAAUCGCAAGGACCAGGAAGUUCAUCAACAAGAAUUAUACGCACCAAAGACGCACCAGAACAAAUAAUAAAACAGACUAACUUCUAUAGUUCGUGAAGAUCAUAGAUGAAAAUUUAGUUUUAGUUUUAGUUUGAAAAGGACUUUUCCCCGUUCGCUGGUUCAAAAUACCUAUCAUCUUGUUGGUUCUUCCUCCGUAGCUAAAACUUAUAGAGACAGACAUCAAUUCUUCCUCCCUGCAGGCGAUUUUUAUAGAGACCACAAACAUCAAGAUGACGAAUUGCUUCGACAAGAUACGUUUGCAGCAGCUAAUAGCUGAAACGUCGCACGUCGAGAACCUUGCAGCCAAUGUUUUCCACAUUUUCUUUUUGAAAAUGCAGGAUGCGAAACAGGAGAUGAAAACCGCUGCCCUUCUUCCUGUAGACGAAGCGAAAGAGGCGAUUCAGGACUUGAUUUGUAUUUGGAGCUACUCAGCUAGUCCUUGCUGUCGUGAAGCUCUAGGUUGUAGUUGUCAGAAGAGAUACUGUCUAUCUUCAUUUCUUUGUGGAAAUCAUAUUUUUGUCUGUGCGGCAUUUACGAUUAAAAAGCGUACGUGGAGGGUAGAUAACUAAAAACUAACCGCAAGUAGCGGCUAGAUGUCUACCUUUGUCUGACAAGAGAGGUAGCCCUCUCAAAAACUCUUUGCUCAGAUGAGUUCCGCGUGCAAGAUCCGGAUGCUGUGAAGAACUUGGGGGAACUUUUUGAUUUGCACUGCCUUGACCCCAAUGGGUUCACCUAUCAUGCGUUUAUAUCGCUCCUUCUGAUUUUGAUCCGGCGUAUUGUCUCGAUGGGCGAAAGUGGAGCUUUAUUGAGUGGCAGCAGUGGCGCAGAACAGGCUCAACCCGGUACAGCUGUUUUUAAGGGGGCUGGAGACCAUGAUCAUCCUUGAAACAACUCAUAAUCAUUUUGAAGUUCUUAUUUGCCUCUGAUUGAUUACAAUGCAGACAGAGGACUAGAAAGAUGUAGAUCAGAGUGCUGAGAAAGACGAAUUAGACCUGAAUAUGAAGUAGAGGUCCUCUAAGGCAACGGACGUCGAAGCGUUUGCACCAGGAUCUUCCGGAGGGGUGCAGAGAGGACAGCCACAAGUUGCACAGACUACUGCUGUCGUGUCCUCUGGUGGCUAUGCAGUGCCGAGUUCCGCGACUGUAACACCGCGAACCUCGACGACCACGCCUCAGCCGGCGUAUCGACAGAGCUCUGCGCCAUAUGCGACGCCGCCUUACGCGAUGGCUCAGCAAUAUGCGUCUAGACCCUCAAGCGUGCAGCCAGCUCAGCAGCAAGUUAUCAACUACAGCAACUAUCCAGGGUCGUCCGCGGGGCAGCAAGCUGCGGCCGCUCCUUCAGCUGCACCAUCGUCGAUCGGAGAGCCAGCUGCACCGGCAUCAGCCGCAGCGCCGGUUCGGCAGACGGUGACCACGAGGAUAUCAUGUCCGGCAGGUCAGGGUACUCCACAGCUGGGGAUGGAAGCAAGUAGUGCGAGCAGAGCUAUAUCUUUUAUAAAUAUAUAUGUGUUUUGCUUUUAGCAGACUCAGCAGUUGCAUCCAAUUGAAUUGGAUCCAUGUUUUCAAAGUAAGAGGAAAAGAGUAAAGACAGAAAAUACAACUUAGUGCUCGUACCAGAAUGACAUACACACUACCCAGGUAACACACCGCGAAUGUCAGCGAGAAAUUCUACUGUUGUUGGCAGGCAAUCAGCAGUUGGAACCACACCACCAACGCGGAUCAGCAACCGAUUUGCACACAUCAACUUGCUGCCAGUGUAUCAAUUCUUUGUGUGUAUGUCUUAAUUCAGGUACUGGUUAUAUUCUAUCCCGACUAGCGCAACUAGCUGUGUUUGAAGGGACCUCUGUGAGUCCACGAACUAUAGUUUGCUGUGCUUGUGAUACCUACUGUGCUCUACUCAAAAGAUGUCAAAGAUAUUGAAAGAAGCCUAUUUUUCACCUUGUUCAUCAGACAACUAACGCCGCGGGGAGGAGGAGCAACGAGAACAUCGGUAGUGCCUCCGCUAGGGCCGCGCGCCUCGAUCGUCCCGAAGGAGGAUAGAACAUAUUAUUGUACUUUGUGAUUGUUUAUUUCGUCGUGAUUUUCUUUGCCUCGCUUUUUAUGGAUGUCUCGCCUAAACCCUUUUACAACUUCAUCUUCACUCUUUGCAUCAAUAUUGAUCAUUUAUCACCUUCGUCUUAACACUAGUUUGCGCUUCACCUCAACAACACAGAUAGAGUUUCCAUGCCAGAGGGGCAGAAGAUAGCGCCAGUGCCAGUGGCGCAAAAGAAGGAACAGAUUCCUUCAACGCAAUUGAUGGAUAUGAGCAAAAACUGUGGCCCAGCAACCGGCGAAGUUGAUGGCUUCAAAGACUUGUACUAAGAUGAUGGCUUCAAAGAUUUGUACUCAGUAUAUGCUCAUGAUGGACGAUAAGGAAAAGGAUAUAGAUUUGAUUGUCCCGCCUGAUGAGAAGUACUGUAGUUAGAUCGCCUUUCAUUGUUUGUGAUCAUGAUAACUCAUGAAUAUACAAAGAAUUCCAUUUUUCUACAUUUUGAAGUUGUACUUAUUUUGUCCCUAACCUAACGAAACAACAGGUUGCAGCAAUAUGCUACACGGAUGUCGUCAGCGCAGUCAAAUAGGCCUGGAGCCGAUCCGGGUGAAUGGAAUCGCGAAUUAUCCGACCUGCGCAAUAACGCUGACCGCAUAAGAAGUUCGGUUGCUCCUCGUUGAGGGGGAUGUAUUCAUCUCUAUACGUCGCUAGUGAAGUAAGAAGUCAUCUUCUCCACGAUGCGUUUGCCGGACGUGUUUUUGCAUGGUUUGCAUAGAUACUGCGUUCAUAGUUCACGGUGAUCCUCUGUGUUUUUCAGGACCAGCGACUAUGUUUUUUCUCUCCUUCCUCGUGUUUGAUAAUUUUUCCGAAAUUCACAAUCCACUAUUCAGCUACUCUUCAAUGAUAAACAAGGCAAAUGGUUUGAUAUACGUAAUCUUCUUCAUAAUCUUCAAAUAACGCAACUAGAAGGGGUGAGUGGCACACGCACAUAACGAAGAAUGCAUAGGGCGACACCUCAAAGCUGGACUUACGGGCUUGCAAUAGAUUGGUGCCAACUCUAUUCGCGGUCAGGAAGAUCAUGGUGGACGACUUUGCUUGUCAUGCAUAUUGUAAAGGAACCACUCCUACUAGUACUAGUAUACUAGUUCAAUUCCUCAGUCACGGGAUGUGCUACAACAUCAGAUUGGUGCUGCACCAUGAUUUAAUACUUUCCCUAGAAGCAAAUAGGUCUAGACGGAGUAAACCAUUGACAUCACGGCGCGUGGCAUGGGAUUCGUAACAUCGUCACGAAAUAUGUACCUCGCUUGAGAAUUUAGCAAAGGCUGUAGAGGUUUAUAGGGGUACUAUCCCAUUUUACCCGGUGCAUAGAUUGCGUGCUAACGUUAAUGUGUCGCAUUUUUCAUGUUGUUGUGCUGAUCUUCUAUGUUGUCAUCUAUCUCCUAUUUUUCUACGUAGUCUAGAACUGGAAAUGCUCUGACACGGAGACAGUUGGAUAGAUGCCCGUCGCCUCCACAUGAGAUGACUGAUGCCUGCGUGACUGACGACUUUUGUGCUGUCUGUGUUGCUGACCUUUCGUAAAUGGUGUGUGCUUCAUUGAUUUAUCAACCGCUUAACAAAGACAUGCCACCACUGGAAAAACCUUACACCAG